CUUCCUUGUCCUAAAAUCCAGGGUUAGAAUAAAUGGUCCUUCACUGAGGGCAGCCCAGCCAGCUGGAACAUUUGUGAUUCUGGAGUCAGUCAAUUCCUAAGCAAUCAUGGCAUCUCUGCACUUGGGACUCAAAAGACAAAUCUCUGAGGAACAAACUAACCCCAGAGAGGAGACAACAGCACAGGCCGGGCUCCAAAAUCCUGUAAAGCGCAGUAAGAUCCUGGUUGGGGGAAAUCUGCUUCCUAGGCUCCAAAUUUAGGGGUGGAAGGGUGGCCACCUGGGUGAGGAAACCGAGGCUCAGGGCAGGCAAGAGCUCACCUGUCUGCCUGCCAGUCAGAAUUCAGCUCUUGGAAGGCUGAGCUCUCCUUUCAGGCCUUUUCCACAUUCCUAGGGAGCUACACUCAGUAAUCCUAGGAGCGAGGUGGCAUGACGGAGGCAGGCUUCCAAGGCCUAUCGGACACACUGAGCCCCACUGGAGCUGCUGGCCGGGGAAGGGAUGGGGGCUCAGGAGGACCAGGCAGUGAGACACGGAGCUGGACAGGGUCCGGGCAUGCCAAGGGCAGAUGGAGCCUGCUGGACAUAAGAAGCGGUGCUCAGGACGCUCGUCCUACCCAGGCUCCUUCAGGCUCCCUUCAGUAACCCACUCCCCAAGGGGCCCUUGCCCCAUGCAAGGCUGGGGCCUGGAGCCAAGCAGAGCCAGUUUGGCCAGCUCCGCUGCUGCUGCCUGCCAGCCAAGGAGCCUCAGAAAGUACUGAGGAGGAAGGAAGCUGGCAGGAGGACCAAGGUGUGGCCCCUGGGGGCCACGGGCUCACCCCCCAGUGGGCGGGGCUAGCUGGGGAUGUGCCCCAGAAAGGUAGGUGGACUUUAGUCCCAAGUUCCGGUUGGGAACCGCAGUGGCCACAGAGCUGUGCAGCCAGGCUGCCCCACCGCCCUGGCCUCGGAUCCCUGGACGGCUGCCCCCGAUGCUUUGGCCUUGGACAGUUGCUCCAGCAGCCUGGACGCCCCUGACUUAGUGCUCCCGGACACCUGCCCGGCUCCUUGAGCUCCGACAACCAGAUAGCUGCCCUCUCGGUCCCGGAAGUCCCUGGCAUAGUGCUCCCGGACACCUCGCCGGACAACUACUCGGACCCAGAUCCGGGCCCACCGCCUAGACCCCAGAACGGCCAGUUCAGACCCGCCCCCACUCCUUGGGCCCACCCCAGGGCCCGUCCAUGCUGCUCCAGGUUCCGGUCCCGCCCCCCGACGAAGUCGGGUCGCCGACGCAACAGCAGGAGGCAGUAGAGGCACAAGGGGGCGCAAACUCUGCCUCUGCGCAGGCGCAAGGCAGGCCGCGGAGCGAGCCAGGGGACACGGGCGAGGGCGAGGGCGCAGGCGCGGAAGGGGGCGCGGGCACGGCAGAACCGCGGCGGCGCGCGGGGGAGGCCGCGGCGGAGGCGGAGAUCCCGGUGUGGCGACGGCUGCUGCUGGCCGCGCUGCAGCCCUGGCGGCGGCCACCGAGCGACAGCCCAGCCGCUGAAGGCCGGGCCCAGGAGCCACUCCUGCCCACGGGCCCGGCUCGCGUUCCCGCCGCCGCCGCGCGCUGUUGUCAUGGAGGAUCCAAGAUGGCGGCGCUGGCGUACACGCGCGGGCGGCGCGAGAUUAACCAGUACUUCAGCGUGAGCAGCGCCAAGGGGCUCGCGCUGGCCGCCGUGCUGCUGCUGGCCGCCGGCCACGCGGCGCUGCGCCACUACCCGGGCCAUGAUUCCUGCGAGUACCUGCUUUCGAGCGGCCGAUUUCUUGGAGAGAAGGUUUGGCAGCCUCACAGCUGUAUGAUGCACAAGUAUAAAGUCAGUGAAGCAAAGAACUGCCUCAUAGAUAAACAUAUCGCCUUCAUUGGAGACUCCAGAAUUCGUCAGUUAUUUUAUUCUUUCGUAAAAAUAAUUAACCCUCAAUUCAGAGAAGAAGGAAAUAAGCAUGAGAACAUUCCGUUCCGAGACCGAGGCGCCUCCGUGAAAGUGGACUUCCUGUGGCACCCCGAAGUCAACGCGUCCAUGAAGCAGCGCCUCAGAGCGUGGAGCGAGGAGCCUGCUGGAAGGCCCGACGUGGUCGUCGUGGGAGCCGCCACGUGGUCCAUCAAGGCCCACAACGGCAGCGACGAGGCCCUCGCCCAGUACAGGACCAACAUCACUGCGCUGGCCCCGUUUCUGGAGAAGCUGGCGCGGACGAGCGACGUUUACUGGGUCCUGCAAGACCCCGUCUACGAAGACCUCCUCAGCGCGAGCAGGCGCAUGAUCACCAACGAGAAGAUCCGCGCCUACAACGAGGCGGCCGUCGGCGUCCUCAACGGCAGCGCCCAGGCCCGGCUCCGGCUCUUCCGGGUCUCCCAGCUGAUCGCCCAGGAGACCAUCAUGGAGUCCGUGGACGGCCUCCACCUCCCGGAGUCCAGCCGAGAGACGAGCGCCAUGAUCCUCAUGAACGUGUGCUGCAACAAGGUGGUGCGGCCCGUCGACGGCUCCUGCUGCCGGGCCCCCCCCGCCCCCACCCUCACGCAGAAGCUGGCGGCCGCCUUCUUCGGCCUGUCCGUGGCGGGGGGCCUGGCCCUGCGGCUGCUGCAGCGGCUGCGUCGCCGGCGGGCCCGGCCGGGCGCCGACGUGGAGGGCGCCGGAGAGAAGAGGGCGGCGGCCGCGGCCCCCUCCGAGGUGGCCCUGCAGGCGUGCUGCAAGCUGGGGCUCAUCAUGGCCUACUUCUACCUGUGCGACCGGGCGGACCUGUUCAUGAAGGAGGGCAAGUUCUACCGGCACUCGGCCUUCUUCACCCCCAUCGUCUACAUCCUGGUCCUGGGCCUCUUCUACAACGACGCCGCCAAGGAGACCAAGGUGCUGAACCGCGAGCAGACGGACGAGUGGAAAGGCUGGAUGCAGCUGGUCAUCCUCAUCUACCACAUGUCGGGGGCCAGCAGCUUUUUGCCUGUGUAUAUGCACAUUAGAGUUCUGGUUGCUGCAUAUCUAUUUCAAACAGGUUACGGGCACUUCUCGUACUUUUGGAUCAAAGGAGACUUUGGCAUCCACCGAGUAUGUCAGGUCUUGUUUCGUCUCAAUUUCCUGGUCGUGGUGCUGUGCAUCGUGAUGGACCGGCCGUACCAAUUCUACUACUUCGUCCCCCUGGUCACUGUGUGGUUCUUGGUCAUCUACGUCACCUUGGCCUUGUGGCCUCAGAUCACCCAGAAGAAAGCGAACGGAAGUUGCGUCUGGCAUGUGGGCCUGCUGAUGAAGCUCGCUUCCUUGUUCCUUUGUAUCUGCUUCCUGGCCUAUUCUCAGGGGGCGUUCGAGAAGAUUUUCUCUCUCUGGCCGCUCUCCAAGUGCUUCGAGUUGAACGGAAACAUCUACGAAUGGUGGUUCCGCUGGAAACUGGACCGCUACGUCGUGUUUCACGGGAUGCUGUUUGCCUUUGUCUACCUGGCCUUGCAGAAGCGCCAGGUGCUGUCCGAGGGGAAGGGGGAGCCUCUGCUCCCCCCCCGGGUGGCCAACGUGCUCCUCUUUGUCUCUGUGGUCUCCUUCCUGACCUACUCCAUCUGGGCCAGCAGCUGUAAGACCAAAGCGGAGUGCAACGAGCUCCACCCUGCCGUGUCCGUCGUGCAGAUUCUGGCCUUUGUCCUCAUCCGGAACAUCCCGGGCUAUGCCCGUUCGGUGUACAGCUCCUUCUUCGCUUGGUUCGGGAAGAUCUCGCUAGAGCUCUUCAUCUGCCAGUACCACAUCUGGCUGGCGGCCGACACCAGGGGCGUCCUGGUGCUCAUCCCCGGGAGCCCGGCGCUCAACGUCACCGUCAGCACCUUCGUCUUCGUCUGCGUCGCCCACGAGGUCUCGCGCAUCACCAACGACCUGGCCCACGUGCUCAUCCCCACGGAGAGCGCGGUGCUCUGGAAGAGGCUGGCCUGCCUCGCGGCCUUCUUCUCGGCGCUGCUGCUGCUGUCCUCCGUCCAGGGGGCGCCGUAGCCCCUCCUCCGCUCCGUCCUAGCUGCUUCGGGACUUUAUUUGUCUGUUGUACAGAUGGGCUGCUGCCCGCACGGGGGGGGGGGGGGCACUUCCUGUUCACGUCACGUGACCGUGUGAGUAAUUUAAAAGUAAAGAAUUGGUCUGUGGACGCUCCGUA